AUGAAGGACUUGGGAUAUCUGAGGUAUUUCCUUGGUAUAGAAGUGUUAAAGACCAAAGAAGGAAUUUUGCUCAAUCAAAAGAAGUAUGCAUUGCAGCUUAUCUCAGAAGCUGGUCUUAGUGCAGCUAAGACUAUUAGCACCCAUUUGGACCUUAAUCAAAAGCUUACUAGUAUAGAGUUUGACAACUUUAAUGGUAACACACAAGAUGCUGAAUUUGAAGAUAUCACAACUUAUCAGAAGUUAGCUGGAAAAUUGCUUUACCUGACAAUUACAAGGCCUGAUAUUUAUUUUGAUGUUCAAGUGUUAAGCAGUUUAUACAGCACCCUAAGUCUCACAUUAGGAUGCAGCCCUCAGAGUUGUGAAAUACAUAAAAAGAUCACUAUGAGUGAUUUGCUGAAAAGAGAAAGUGUGACAGAGCUAAUUGGAUAUUGUGAUUCAGAUUGGGCUUCUUGUCCUAACACUAGAAGGUCUGUUACUGGUUAUAUGGUGAAACUAGGGGAUUCCUUUAAUUCAUGGAACUCCAAGAAACAGCAAACAAUGAGCAGAGGCUGA